GUAAGGAUGAACUCGUCAUUCAUACGAAGGAAUCCUUCUCCAGGUGAGGAGUUAAUAUGAGGACGACCAAAGGAAGUACUUCUGUGAAAAAUCCUCGUGACUUCCUUGGUAGCAUCACAACAGAGAUGGGCAGGUUUGCAGUACGAGCCGUAGUGCGCGUGCUUCUAUGCGGAUUUCUAUGUGGAAUGGCUCAAGAGCUGAAUGCAGACGAUUUGGUCACAGCAAACACUGUGACCGGUGAGGAGUGCCAAGAUGUCAUCUUGACUUGCCGGCUGAGAGGAGAGGGCCGCAGCCUGGGCCUCCACCGCCGGUUCUCCUGGUCCAAGCAAGGCGGCGACCGCUGCGGUGACGGCGGAGGCACCGUCAGCAUCACCGACUGCAGCUUCCGCGAGGCGGGCCAGCUGCUCGACCCAUCAGACAAAUUCAACUACGCGGUGGCCAAGGACAACACGAGCUGCAACCUGACCGUCAGGGGGUUGCAGUUGUCUGAUGCGGGAUGCUACCAGUGCGACUCGUGGGCGCCAAGUGGGGCCGUGUCUAGUUGCGUGGAACUCGUUGUUGUGGAUCCCGUCAGGAGAGCCUCAAUUAUGCAGACGAGCCCGGUUAUUCUCGAAGGCAUUCCCGCAACAUUCACCUGCAGUGCCGGCUACGGCGACGAUGAAGUCCAGUUCACCUGGCAAUUGGACGGGACGGACCGCCUUCCAAACGAGGCGGCCCUGGUCAGGCCUACCGAUGGUAGCGUGGAUUGCACGGGCCGGAAUGAGACACUUAGCACGGUGGAGCUUACACUGAAAAGAAAUGGUUCCGGGUCGGUUCUACAGUGCGAGGUCCGCGGCGCUCAGCUGCUUGAAACCGCCAGUUUAAUCAUACCGGAUGUACAAGUGCCGCCCACUUCCGUCGCCAUAUCAAACGAUAUCACGAGAGAGCUCCGCAAUGUACCAGGCGGAGAGGUUCUGAUCAAGGAGCACGGAAACGCUUCCUUCAGUUGCGUGGCGGUCGACACCAAGCCCGCCGCGCACUUGACUUGGCUCUACCGGGGCCUCGAGGUUCAAGACGGGCCAGGCGGACUGGUAGAGACGGUGGUAGAACGGCCCGGAGUCGAGGGCAGCACGUACGAUGUCAGCAGCACCGUGAUACUGAGGAAUAUCCCGCGGCAGGAUGACGGCGCUGAACUGGUCUGCAAUGCCACGGGAGCUGGUGGCGUCUCUGCGACUCUUGGCAUCAAGAUCACGGUGAACGCUCCCCCACAAAACGUCACCAUAACAACCGGUGUCAUAGUUGAAAGCGUGCCCGCUCAGUUCGCAUGCUCGGCCGAAGGCUCGCGCACGAGAUCUUCCAUAGUCUGGUACCUCGACGGCGUGACUGUCGCAGCGACCGGGUCCCAGCAAACGUCCUUCUCCCCGGAGCUCUUGAAAACGACCAGCGUGGUCACUUUGUCCCUUCGGAGACACCAAAGCGGCUCCCGACUAAGAUGCGAGGCUUCCCAUGAGUUGCUGGAUGAGCCCUUGAUCAAGGAAGUGGUCUUGGACGUGUACUUUUGCCCUGCACCCUCCAUUACAUGUCCCACCUCUGUGAACAACAGCGACCCGUACACUCUUACAUGCCGGACUGCCAGCAGCCGGCCACCAGCUAAUCUCAGCAUGUACUUCGAAGAGCCACUUCAACUCCUCGGCGCAGAGACUGAGACCGAAUACGAGCCGGCCGACGACGAGGGAGCCACGGCCGUUCUGACGGUAGAGCUGACCGGUGAUCGCUCGGACCACGGGAAGAUGGUGGUUUGUAGACGGAGUCCAAGUGAAAUAUGUCGCAACGAGGAAUUGGAUACAUGCCAUCUGAAUAUGCAUUUUCCUCCGACCGAGGUCGAACUCUUGGACGGUGCCAACUCGGACAGCGAUUCGCACCAGACAGGCCGCAGCGUCGAGGUGAUCGACGGCCGCGAGUACGCCUUCACGUGCUCGGCCUCGGGUUCCAAUCCCCCCGCGACGUUUCAGUGGAAACUGGGUGACGCCGAGCUGCACGGUGCCGCGUACACCGAGACCGAGCGGCGCGGUCCCGGUCCCGGGCCGGUCAGCAGGGGGUGGGACGCCUCCAGCCGGCUGUCACUGACCGUUCGACAGGACGUCAGCCAGACUCAAAUGCUGACUUGUCGAGUCAUGUAUCCGAGUCAGCGCGUCUUUCGACAGCUGAGUUUGGAAUUGAGCAUAAUUGCUGUGACACUGAGCUGGUCAUCGAUCACCGCCAUUGUCGCUUGUUCCUGUGCUGUCGUCAUUGUCGUUGUCGCCUGUCUUGUCCUUAUACUGUACAAAAUGCGUCAUCAUGGCAACCGGCCGAUUAACUUAAAAACAGAUAUGGAGAUGCUGCAUAUAGAUAGCAUAAAGUUUAAAAAGGGUGGCAGUAACACUUCCCUUUCCUCCGGCGGGACUGCCAAGGGCUCACUGGAGGGGAGUGAGGCUUACGAGUUCCCCCGCGACAAGCUGAAGUUGCUGGAGGUCGUUGGGAAUGGCUCCUUCGGUCUGGUCUACAAGGCCACGGCAGAGGGCAUCUUUGAGAAAGGCGUGGUCAGCACUGUGGCAGUCAAGACACCGAACCCGUCUGGUUCGCCAGCCGACAGGGAGGCCUUCGUGAAGGAACUGGAAAUGUUCACCAUCUUGGUUCAACAUCCCAAUGUGGUCUCGAUGCUGGGAUACUGCCGAAAGAAAAAUCCACUCUAUUUGAUCAUGGAAUAUGUUUCCAAUGGUAACCUGGAGAACUACCUGAGACAGGAGAAGCAACGGGUCGACCAAUCGUACAUCAAUGUCAAUGGUGUGACGGAGACUAUCGGUCCCAACCAGAUCCUGACUUUUGCCAUUCAGAUUGUGCGCGGCAUGAAGUAUCUGGAAUCUGUGCAGUGUAUCCAUCGUGACUUGGCCACUCGCAACAUCUUGCUGGAUGAGCAGAUGGUCUGUAAGGUAUCGGAUUUCGGAUUGGCGCGUCACGUCCCCGCGCAGAAGCAGUACGAGAUGAAAUCAAAGGGGCGCGUGCCGUUUCGUUGGAUGGCGCCAGAGUCGAUCGUCUACAACGUUUACAGCAGUAAGAGCGACGUGUGGUCUUUUGGCGUCUUGCUUUGGGAGUUGGUGACACUGGGCUCUCACCCGUACCCCGGUUUGUCAUGUGCUGAAAUACUCGAGGAUCUGCAGAGGGGGAUUCGCCUAAAGAAGCCAACCCAUUGCAGUGACGAGAUCUAUCAGGUAAUGAAAGACUGUUGGGAACAUCGACCAGAAAAGAGGCCCGAUUUUGAGAUGUUACACCAGAGGAUAGAGGCAAUGCUGGCUAACGCAUCGGGCUACUUGCUGAUGUCCAACUUCUCUGCAGAGCAAUACCUGUACAUGGCACCCAGCAGCAAAGGAAAUCUGUAGAAUGCACCACCGGAGUUAUACGUCAACGAAAAAGCCACACAUAUAUUUUGUGUGACCUUCACCUAAAAAAAAUAUUCACUGUCAUGAGAAUAAACGACGUUGUCAACUGUGUUUUUCGUCCAAUAUAUGAGGAACUCGUGAAGUUGUUAUGGCGUGAAUUCAGAGUGGCAAAAAAUCAAUAAAUUUCUGAACAAUUUCAGGAAAAUUCUGCGGAAACCAAUAACAAUUGGAAGGUCUAUGUUUAUCCGCCUGAGAGGUUAUGUUUUCAUCGGAUUCUGUUAGUUUGUUGGUUGGUUUGUCUGUUAACAAGAUAACUCAAAAAGCUAUGGAGGGAUUUGCAUGGAAAUGUUUUUGAGUGGUGGUCCUUGGUAUAAGUACAAAUUGAUUAAAUUAUGGAAGUGAUCCGGAUCUGGGUCUGUAUCCAGGAUUUGCUUUAAAGGAUUCUUCACCAUAUUUGCGAGUAU